AUGGCAAUAGCGAUGGAGGUCAUCGAAGUACCACCUUACGUUUCUGACGAAGAAGAAGAUAUGAAUGCGAGUGUUCAAGUUGGACGUACGAAACGAACAAAAAAGAAACAACAUACACAAAUUAAAGAAAUGGUGUUUAAGAAUGCUGAUGAAGCUGAACAAGCGGUAAUUAAUGAAUGACAAUGAACAAUGAGGUGCUGGUAUUUAUUUGUUGUUCAAUUCGUAUAACGAAGAAGUUGUCUUAUUCCGCGACAAAUCUAAACAUAUUCAUGAUCUUAUACGACAAAAAUGUACAAGAAUACCAGAUGCCGUGAAAGUGGUUAUCAAAGAAUUGUAUGAAUUGAAAUUGAAGCCUAAAGCUAUUAUCGAAGCAUUAUACGAUCGUGGAAUUGUUGCAUUAAGUAUUGGUCAAUUGAAUAAUUACUUAAGAACAUUGAAGACAAAAAGAUUCGGUUCAAC